AUGACCAGCGGUACUAGCACAAUUCGUCCCAGCAAAGUAGGAACACCAUCGCGCUCGCCCAAUGCAACACCUGUUCCUGUACCGUCUGUCACCGCGAAGCGCAUGGCCAGCUCUAUACCAUCACUCGGAAACAGCAAGCGUAUCUCAGCACCCGUCCCCGCAUUUCCUCGACUGGAUCCAGGAAAUUCGACCUCCCAAAGUGGAGGAGCGACACCUCGCAGAAUGAACGAGCAAUCGACUCCGUCAUCUGUGACAGGUUCGAUGAGGAUGGCUCGUUCUACAUCGAUGUACAUGACAUCCUCGCCAAUUCAAUCUCCAAAAACCACCAAACUCCAACAAGAGGACACAUUUUCCGUCAGCCGGCCUAGAGCGCGAAUUACGUCCAUGACGCCACCUCGUCGUACAUCAGCCAAUCACGUACCUACUUUGUCUACAAGCUCGCUUUCGAAGUCCCCGUCUUCAAGCUCUCUCCUCUCAGCUUCCCCCUCUAUCAACCUAACCUCACCAAGCCCACAAAGACCCGCCAAAGUAUCAGGCACACCCCGCGCCACCCCUCCAAAAUUCUCCCUCGGAAAUAGUCCAUCUAAACAGUCCUCCGCCACUCCAAAAGCCACUCCUAAGUCCACCCCUAAGAAGGUGCAACAAACUGAAAGUAGAGAUUCUGACGUCUGGUCUUCUCCUCAUCAUCAAGCGCUUUUGGAUGAUACUUUGACGUUUGGGAACGGGAAGGUCUCUAGCAUCGGCACUGGAACGGCCGUUGCGACUGACGAUGGGCUUGGAAAUGCCUUUUGGGAUGGCGACGAUAUGUCUCUUGAGAUGGUCACGGAUGUAAAUGAUGGCGAUGUCGACGAAGAGAUGGAUACAGCUCUUCAGAACAUCCUGCAAAUGCAUACUCGGAAAAUACUGCAUUAUAAACGACUGCUUGAACGUGCACAAGCUUCCACGGCCGCACAACUACAUGCUCUUCAAGCUCAAGUACGGGUCCUCCGUGAAUCUGGGGCGUCUGGUGCUGGCGUGACUCAUGUCAACCAGCUACUUGCCGAUGCGGACGAUGUCGGACUAUGCGUUUGCGGUGGAAAGAAACGCAAAGGAUAUUGGAGUGGAUAUAGAGAUGAUGAAGAAUAUGACGAUGCAGGAGAUCUUUCCAAGGCGUUGAGGGGUGAUGGUAAAGGCCAGUUUAACGAGCUUGAGGUGAGAAAGGCCCUACGAGGGUUGGGAAGGGAGGAAAGAAUGCGACUGAUCGCUAUAAUUCUAGAUUCUUGCCUUCCUGGCGACAUACGUCUCCAAAUUCUGCUUUUAGAGAAAUAUGCCAAGUCAACAUUCGAUAUUCUUGGGACACUUUCUCCAGACCUGGCUUUCAAGGUCCUCAAAAAUCUUUCCGUAAAACAGCUACUCGCCAUUGAACCUGUGUCCAAGAAAUGGCAAGAAGCCGUUCAUCACCCUGCCUUAUGGAAAUACCACUGCCUCAGGAUCACCGAACACGACCCAUCUCCUGUUGUGCCUCCAGCCAAACCAGAAGGCUGGGAACCUCUAUACCGCUCUUUACAUCAUCGCGAGUCCAAUUUCCGCAAUGCGCUUCCUCAGACCAUCAGGUUCUUGAAUGGACACACAAACUUUUGCACGACGCUGUUGUUACGUGGCAAACGCCUCAUCAGCGGGAGUUACGAUGAAACGAUUCGCUUCUGGGAUAUUGAGACUGGAGAGAUGAAGAAAUGUUUGCAGGUCAAGAAACCUGUCAGCUGUGUUGACUUUUUGGCAGAGGAAGAGGUUUUCGUGGUCGGCUUCCACGACGUGGGCCGAGUUCAUCUCUUCUCGUCAGUGACCUUUACCCCUUUGCAGCAACUCGCAGGUCACCUCAACGGUAUCCGCGCCGUUGCGUUAUCAUCAAAGAACCUUGUCUCUGCAGGGGCUGACAAAGCUCUCGUCUGCUGGGACUGGCGAGCAGGCACAAAAAUUGUUCGUUUCGGGCAACAGACCACGAUCAACAUCGGUGUUCAGCUUAUCGCUGGCGACCCUGGAAAUGGAGCAAACGAUGAGGGCGAGAGGGUGGUCAGUGUAACCAUUGAUGGAAUAGUUCGGGUCUUUUCUAUCAAACGCCGUGAAAUGAUUUCACAGUUCAAGCUGUCAGAACUGGGAGGAGGCGAUCCUGUGCUGAACUCGAAACUCUUCAACGUCGGCUCUGCACCAAAUAACAUGCUUCAAUGGUUUGCUGCCAAAGGCACUCAGAUGACGUGCGCGACGAAAUCCGUUAUCUUACACUUGCAAUGGAACGAAGGGGAGGCAGCUCCAGUUUUAUCACAAUCUCUAACCUCCAGCUCGCCGGUGGCCUUGACUAGUAGCCAGGGUCCAUUACGCAGCCGGACGGGUUCUGUGCUCGGACGAUCCACAACAUCGAACAGCAUCUCUACCCCUCAACGUAGAAUAUCGUUGGCCACUUCUGCUUCAGGCAGCGUUUCAGCUGCAAACAAGUCACGCCUGAGUGUCAGUGGAUCGCGUACCCCCACUACACCACUCAGUCCAUCCCCUGGCCCUGGCGGUUUCCCAGUAAGAUUUGGCCGAGCAGCAAUUCUGACGGCUCCUCCCAAGUUGGUUGCUAUAGUCGAAACACCGGAUGUUGCUGUUGGAGCUGUCGACCCAAAGAAGCGACGCGUGGUCACUGCAACCCGCUUUAGUUCCAGAGCAGGGGCAGAUAGGAGGAUCUUUAUGUCGACACAUCAGGAUAAGGAGAAGACAUCCAUAUCCGAGCAUACAGAAAAUGGCACUGGCGAUAACAAUGGAGACGAGCAGGACGAUCAGGACGAUUUGAAUUUCAUCACGCAAAUCGCGCCGUCCCCAUCUGUUGACGUUGAUACCCAUAUACAGCCUCUAUCAGGCGCCUGGGGCGCGCUUGCUGAUGUAACUUUGGGAUCAACCGUCGGGGUGAAGGGACUGCUCGGCUCUUUACCACCCAAGUUUGGAGGCCUCGCGACACCAGAGAAGAACCCAAUGUCGAUGCAGCUCAGCCACGAGGAGGUCGUGGUGGGCUGUGCCGAUGGUACGAUUUAUGUAAUGAACUUUGUUGGAUACCAAUAUCAACUCGAACGCAAACCUAUCAUCGAAGACGAAGGCUUCGCUGAUGCCGAUAAAGACUAUGAUUCAGACUAUUAA